UAUUCAUUUGUGUAUGUGUUGAGUUUAUGGAAUAAUGGCGCUCAAAAUGACGAAAAUCUCAACAGUCUGCAUCCUGCUUAUCUUAUGCCUGGCAAUCCUAGUUCGGGAAUCGAAUGCACGACCCCCAUGGCUGGCUCCUGGAAGUGGUGUUUUCACAGAAUCUGCUGAAUGUCAUACAGAUGAUGAACUCCUGGAUCUUUGUCAGAGGUGUGCCAAACUAACCAAGUCCAAACUGGCGUAUCCUGCCUGCUGUUCCACCGACCUUCAAGCCAGGAAAUGGUGUUCAGAUUAUGUGUAUUUUGGCAGGGGACAGUACGAUUUCUACUGAUCCUCUUUAGAUUUAAGCUAGGUUAAGCUAGGCUAGGUUGAAUGUUAGCAUGACUGACUUUUUGAUUUUUGGUUGUACAUAUGUGAAGCCAUUUUUGCAUUUAAUUAUAGUACCGUGUCCUCGGUAUUUCUGCUUUUAAUAUUGCAGUCUUGUUAAGUAUUUUUGCUGUAAAUCUUUUUAUACGGACACGGUUUUUGAAAAGUUUGGAAAAAUUACAUUUAGAAUUUUUU